AUGAAAAAUAUUAAAAAACUUUUUGAUUAUUUUUUUAAUUAUGAAAGUCAGAGUGAUGAAAUGAAAAUUCAUUGCAAAUUAAGAAAUUGUAUUGUUGGUUGUUUAAUGUGUGGUUGUGAAAUAUUGCCACCAUCAACAUAUUAUAUUUGUUCUGAAUGUGAAGAUGGAUUACACACAGUAUGCCCUUCAUGUUAUCCAUAUGCAAAAGAACAAAAAGGUCAUAAAUUUUAUAGUGAGUUAUUACCAUUUUGUCGUGACAAUUCAAUAAUUAAAACCGAUGUUUCAUUUUCUGAUAAAUUAAUAACAUUAUUUAAUUUGUACAAAGAAAGAAAAUGUAUUGGAUAUCGUUGGAUACAUGGUCAAUUAAUGAAUCAUUUUGAAUGGAUAUCUUAUCAAGAUGUUUUUGAAUUAUGUUGUGGUUUAUGUGAAAUGAUUAAAUUACUGAAUAUUGAAAUUAAUGAACCAAUUCUUAUUUGUGGGGAUUCAUGUAUAGAUAGUUAUAUUAUAUCAUUUUCAUUAGCAAUUGGUGGAUACCUUUGGGUUCCAAUAAAUCAUACAUCAACAAAAGAAUAUGUACAUGGAAUAAUGAAUAGAUGUAAAAUUCGUUUAGCGUUUAUAUCAAAAAAUAAUAUUGGUUAUUUAGAAGAAGAGUUAAAAGGUAUUAAAACAAUUAUUCUUAUUGAUGAUUGUCCUGAUGCUUAUUCUUCUAUUAUUUCUCCACAACACCACUACCCAACAUUAAUGUCAAGUAUUAAAAAAAGUAAAACUCUUCCAAAACCACUCAUUUGUAAUUCAAAUACUCCUCGUUUGUUAUUGUCAACAAGUGGCUCAACCGGAAAUCCAAAACUUGUUAUAAUGAGUGAAAAAACAUUAAUGAAUUCACUCCAACCAUCUCAACCAAAUCUUCAAGUUAUUACAAUUACUUCAACACUAAUACGACAACCUUAUGAUAUUAUUAAUAAAGGGGGAUCUAUUGCUUGUUAUAGUGGUUCAAUGGAACGAUUGAGAGAAGAUAUUAUUAUGGUGAGACCAACAUUUUUUGGAGCAACACCAACAUUUUGGUAUUCAUUAUAUCAAGAAUUUUUAUUUGAAACAAAAGGUCUUAAAGAACAAGAAGCUAUAGAAUUAUAUAAAAAGAAAAGAGUGUUAGGAAAUCGAUGUAAAAGUGUAUUAAUAACUGGUGCAAAAAGUUCAGAAGAAAUUAAACGAUUUUUAUUUAAAAUUGGAUUAAUUGUAACUGAUGGAUAUGGAACAAGUGAAACAGGGUCAUUAGUUAAUAUGAGUACAGGAAAAGUUAAUGAUGGAGUUGAAUUAAAAUUAAUUGAUUGUCCUGAAAUGGGAUAUUUUGUAAAUUCAAAUCCAUCAAGAGGAGAAGUUAUUGCAAAAACAAGAAAAAUGUCAAGUGGGUAUUAUGGAGACCAACAACUUACUAAUCAAAUGUUUAUUAGUAUUGAAGGAAGUAUUUAUUUUAAAACAGGAGAUAUUGGUGAAAUUGUUAAUGGACAAAUAAAAAUUAUUGAUAGAAAAGCAUUUUGUUUUAAAACUCCUCAAGGAUGUUUUGUAACACCAACAGUAAUAGAAAAUAAAUUAAGUAAAAUUGAAGGAAUAGAACAAAUAGUUAUUUUUAAUGGAAUAAAUGAUCAAGUUACUGCAGUAAUUUCAUUAAAAGAAAAUACUAUUGAAAAAGAAGUGUUUAAAUUAAUCAAAACAACUAGUAUUAAAGAAGGAUUAAAAGAAUAUGAAAUUCCACAACAAAUAAUUAUUGCAAAAGAACAUUUCACUGUAAAGAAUGGAAUGGUUACGCUAAAUGGAAAGAUAAAUAGAAACAAAAUUAUAAAACACUAUAAGCCAUUAUCUUCCAAUCAUCAAAUAAUUAUUAAAGAAACUCAAGUAGAAGAAAACAUUUAUCAAAAUGACUUAUUAUUAAACCAAUGUCCUAUUAUUUCUAAACAACUUGAAGAAAUACUUAGAAAUUCAAUUAAAAGUAUUACACAUAUUAAAAAUAUAAAUGAAAUACUUGAAUAUAGAAUUACUGAUUUUGGAGUUGAUUCAAUUGUUAUGACUCAAAUUAGUCAAUUGAUUAAAAAAACAUUUGAUAUUGAAAUGAAUACCCGUUUACUUUAUAAAUUUAGAAGUAUUGAACAACUUCAAAACUAUCUAAAUGGAAUGCCUUUAAUCGAAGAAGAAAUUAUUUGGGAAGAUGAAAUCAAACAGGCAAUUAGAACUGAACAUCAAUUACAAUUUAGUCAACAUAAAAAUCAAAACAAAAUUCUUCUUUUUGGAUGUAAUGGAUUUGUUGGUAAAUUUAUUUUACGAGAAUUAAUUGGAAAAGAAGUUAUUUGUAUUGUUAGAGGAAAUAAUUAUCAAGAAAAAGUACAGUCAUCUUUUAAAGAAACAAUUUAUUGUAUUAAUAAUAAAAAAGAUUAUGAAAAUUGGUUUAAUAAACAUGUUCAAAUAAUUCAAGGUGAAGUUUCUGAACAAAACUUUGGUCUUUCUGAGAAAGUUUAUAAUGAAUUACUUCAAUCUAUUUCAAUAGUUAUUCUUUCAUCUGGGAGAACUCAUAUGAUGGAAAAUUAUCAAAUGUUAUAUUCAAGUAAUGUACUUUCUGUUUGUCAAGUAAUUGAAUUCUGUCAAAGAAGUUCUGCAUUUUUAUUUGAUGUAUCUUCUUUAAGUGUUCUUUCUGGAAGUCAAAUUCUUAAUGAAGAAAUUGAUAUUCCAAUAACUCACAUUAAUCUUUUGAAUGGAUACGCUCAGUCUAAAUUAAUUGCUGAAAAAGCAAUUAUUGGUUCUAAAGGAUUUAAAAAAUGUAUUUUAAGACUUGGAACAGCAGGUCCAGAUAGACAUAGUGGAGUUUCUAAUCUUCUUAGUAAAUACAUUCAAAUGAUAUCACAAAUUCUUAUUCAUAAAAAAGUAAGUUAUUCAACAUCAAAUCUCUAUCAAUUAAUACCUUUUAUUCCUGUAGAUUAUUUUUCUUCUUCACUACGUUCUCUUAUUGAUCAUUAUAAAGAAUUGAAUGAAAUAACUUGCUUCCAUUUUGGGUGUGAAUCUGCAUCAUCAUUAAAACAAUUAUUAAGUGUUGAACAUUUAGAAGAAGUUGAUGAAAUAGAUUAUUGGGAAACUGAAGGAAUAAUAAAUGAAUUUAAAAGUAUUCCAUCUAUGGAAAACACAGUAAAAGUAAGUGGUCAUAUUCCGUUGUAUUCUCCUAAAGAAUGCAAGUUAUUUUUACAAUGGAUAAAAGAACAUUGUUAA